UAUCCAACAGCCACCACGCGUUGACGCGACUUGAUCAUCACCAAUUGAUCGCAAGAUCGGGCUUAUACGAUUAUACAGCCUUCAAAUCAAAGAACACCAGGCAUUAUUGGAUGCAACGCAAUCAAUUACAGAGUUUCGUUUGAACCACCAAUACAUUAUACAAAGACCCUGCUACUAGGGCACGGCGCAUAGCAAUGGCUCGUUCAGAUAACCCAGGAAUCCAACGAGGAGAUCCUUCACCAGAUCAUCUAGGUGACGAUCUGUUUGCAUAUGAUGAUAUGGACGCAAUAUUGAAUGACGCACCGGCGCCCACAAACAAUGACCGUGCAAUGUCACCUGCAGAAGCCAAUGGUUCGGGGUUGGGACUUGGGCUGGACGAGGAGGUCAAAAUAUCUAAACAGCGUCAACCUGUUGCGAAAUUGGAUGAAACUAGACUCCUAUCGCAAGCCGGAAUACCGAAGCUGCGCUUAAGAGCGAAACGGAAAUUGCAUUUCAAGGGAAAAGGCCACGAGUUCUCAGAUGCAGCGCGUCUCUUGAAUUUUUACCAGCUUUGGCUGGACGACUUAUAUCCCCGAGCGAAAUUCGCCGACGGCCUCGCUAUGAUCGAGAAGCUGGGACAUUCGAAGCGCUUACGGACCAUGCGAAAAGAGUGGAUUGAAGAGGAACGCCCAAAGUCCCAGUCUGCGGACGAUGACGAUGAUGUGCUGGCCAUAAAACUACCUGAUAUGAUAUCCGAGAUUGGGGCGAGACUCAAUGGUGCAACGAGUGCAAGCGCGCACCCACCAGACAGCACCGGCCAUGAGCUACAAUCGGAGAUGCAAAGGCGCUCGGAACAGCAGUCACCCGCUGAUGACCCGGUAAGGGAUCAUUUUGUCCCUGAAGAGUAUACAGGGAUGGAUACAGCCGGGCAGGAUGCCCCGGACGAUGACGAAUUAGACGCGCUUCUAAGAGAAGAGGAAGAAAAUAUGGCUACAACUGAGUCUGCGCCGGCUGGAUCCAAGGCGCCUCAGAGGGACGCCGAUGAAUUUGACUUCAUGGAUGAUCUAGAUGUAAUUUAACCACUGCUUUGUUCCAAU